AUGUCUGAUUCUAGUGAAAAUAAUUCUGACUCUUGGGAGCCUUUGGUGGAUAUUGACCUAGGAAAUCAGCAUAAUGAUAGUGAUGCUAACACUAAUAGUAAAGAUAAUAGGAGAGGUGAAAGUGAAUAUAAAAAUAAUUAUCAAACAAAGAAUAUAUCUGAAAUACAAAUAAAUACUUCUUCUACAUCAACAGAGUUAGAUUCGCCAUUUACUCCACGGAUAGGUACUUUGAAUACUGAUGUUAUUGAAGAGAAUAAUGAAACUAACUCAAGUGAUUCUUUAACUAUGAAAAGAGAUAAAGGUAUUGAUAAAAAAUCACUUGGAUCAGAUAAAAUAAUUUUAUCCAAAAAGAAAAGAAAUCCUUAUUUAAUAAUAACGAAUAAUAAUAUUAAUAAUAAUGAUGAUAAUAAUGAUGAUAAUGAUAUUAAUGAAAAAGAAAUAACUUCAACGUUGUCAAGCGAUAAAAACUUUACCAAGAAUUUAAUAACAAAUAAUUCUACCGCUGUUGAUAAAAAUGCAAAUCUAAUUGAAGAGGAAGUCCAAUCACCCUCCUUUUUAAAUAACAUGUUUGCCACUUUUAAAAGUAGUUCCUCAUCAAUAGAUAACAAUUCUACUAAAUUACCCAAUGAUUCAAAUAACAAAAACCAAAUUGUUUCAUCACCAAAUAUUAUAAGUCAUAGAAGAGAUAAUUCCAUAAGUUCAAAGAGAAAAACAAGUAGAACUAGAAAAACGAGUACCGAUUCAUCUCUAUUUAAUCUAGUAAAUUCCCCAUUACAAAAGGCGCCACAGCCUGUAGAAAUCAUAACUCAUAUGCAUAGUAAUAAUUCAAGUCACAGAGAUUUAAACCGAACAGAUAAUAAAUUGCAAAUUGAUAUACAGGGUCUGCAAGAUGAUAAUGCCACAAGUCCAGUAAUAAUAGAAAAUGGCAAUAAUAAGCCAAAUGAGGAUAAUUAUAAUAAAAAAAAAUUUGUAGAAGAAAAAUAUUCUGACACUGAUUAUCAUUAUGCAACAAUAGAAAGAAAUUUAGAGUUUCAUAGUCUAUUUGAAUCGAUUCCUAAUGAUGAUAGGCUUAUCGACGAUUUUAGUUGCGCCUUAAGUCGUGAUUUUCUGUACCAAGGGAGACUAUAUAUAUCUGAAAGGAGUUUAUGUUUCAAUUCAAAUAUACUAGGUUGGGUAUCCAAAGAUAUUAUACCAAUGAAGGAUAUCAGAUAUUUAGAGAAGACUUCUGCAGCUGGACUAUUUCCAAAUGCCAUAUUAAUUGAAACGGAUAACGAAAAAGUUCAAUUUAACAAUUUCUUAUCUAGAGAACAAACUUUUAAUUUAAUCAAGGAAGUAUGGUCUAAAAAUUUGAUAUUUGCGGAUUUUGAUAAAGAUACUGCUAUACCAACAGACCAAAAAAAAGGGUUCCAAAAUGAUAGAACGACUUUUGAUAACGAUGAAUUCCAUGAUAAUAGUUCAGUUAGUAGUAUUAGUAUCGACGAAAAGAUAGGGACAUGUUCUAUAGGACACUAUCGAUUCAAAGAUGGAGCAGACUAUGUGAAUGAACCUCCUUAUACCCAUAAUGAAACUAUUUUCCCUGGAACUGACAAGCCUAAUGAAUAUAUUCUUAAAACAAUCGAUUUACCAUGUACUCCUUUACAAGCAUAUCAAAUAAUGUAUAGUAACCAAAAUUAUUCAUUCCUCUACGAUUAUUUGCAUUCUAUUGACUCAUUAGACAUUGAGGAGCCUACAAGAUAUGAUAAAAUGAACAAAAGAAUAUAUUCUUUUGAAAAACGUUUAAACUUUCCAGGUGGACCCAAAUCUACAAGAUGUUUUGCAGAGGAAAUAAUUUUAAAUUAUGAUCCACAUGGAUAUAUUAUGGUUCUUACUACUACAAGAACACCAAAUGUAACAAGUGGAAAAGCCUUUUCCACAAAAACUAAGUACAUGUACAGAUGGGGUCCAAAAAAUAACUGCCAAUUGCAGAUAUCCUAUUGGCUUGAAUGGACUAGUUCAAGUUGGUUUAAAAAGAUGAUUGAAGCAGGUGCAAAAAAGAGUCAGAUCGAAGCUACAGAAAAAAUAAUUGAAAUUUUAAAUGAUUACAUUAAAAAUAAUAUCAUUGAAACAGAUGAAAAAAUAACAGAUGCUAGGGGGUUUAUGGAAUCAUCACCAAUUGUAAAGAUAACCUCUAUUAAGAACGAUCUAGAAAAGAAUAUUGUCAAAACGGAUGUUGGUACGAAAAUAUCGGGCAAUUCUAUUUUAGUAAAUCAAUCUUCUUUUACUUUUUUGAUUAUAGUAUUUAUUAUUCUUCUAUCUAUAAAUAUCUGGAAUCAAAUUUCCAUGAGAAGAACUAUUUUAAACAUUGAAAGAUUGCUUGAGAUAGAAAGACUUUCAUGCAGGUCAAGAAUGAACAAUUAA